AUGAAGGACUCCACCGCCCAAACCGUGGCUUCUACCUUCAUGGCCACAUGGGUAGCGCGCUUCGGAGUGCCUGAUGAAGUCAUCACCGACCGAGGCCCGCAGUUCGAGAGUCACCUUUUCCGGGCCUUCACAAAGUUCCUAGGAACCGCCCGACUUCGAACCGCUGCGUACCAUCCUGCCUGCAACGGUCUGGUCGAACGGCUGCACAGGCACCUGAAGCAAGCUUUAAUAGCCCACGGCGAUCGCAAUCGCUGGAGCGAGUUCCUCCCUUUCGCCCUUCUGGGAUUCCCCGCCGCCCUCAAACCCGACCUCGGCUGCUCGUCGGCCGAGAUUGUCUAUGGAGCGCCCCUACGCCUGCCCGCAGAUCUCUUCACCCCAACGGAACCCUCCAGCACGACCCCUGCAGAAUACGCCCGGCACCUUCAGAGGCUUUUCGCCGACUUACACUUACGGGCAACCCCGACACGAGCUGUUUCCACUUCUCCUUCCUAUGUUUCCCCCGACUUGUCGAGUGCCACGCACAUCUUCCUCCGCACCUACUCGAUCCGCCGGUCCCUCCAACCUCCUUUUUCUGGCCCCGCAUCAGGUCGUCAAGCGCGGUGA